AAUGGAAUGAUUGAAGGAAUGAAAAUUGUAUACAUUUUCUUUGAUAACAUUAUUCUUGAGUACAAAAUUCAUUCCGUUCUCCCUCCAUUUAGUGAACACAACCUAUAUUCAUAUUGUUUGGUUCACAUUUACAAAAUUUGGACGAGGAAAUAAAUCCUCUGGACUACUGCUUCUUGAAAUGUCACACAGGAAUUGGAGUCAAGGCAGUGAAGACAAGUUGACCCAACAAUGAAUUAUGUGACUUGUGAGUUGUGGCAUUUUACGCUAAAACAAACAAUCCUGGCCAGGCCUGCCAAUAACUUGUAAGUUGCAAGUAGUGUCACACAAUUGACUAACUAGCUAGUGUAACUUGACAGAAUCAAUCUCAAUGUUUGCAGCUCCCACCUCCUCUCCUCAACUCCCCAAGUCUAUUAUCUCCCCGGCCGCUACUCAAAACGGUGAUGAAAUAUCCGAUUACAGACGGUAUCGCCUUAACGGAGAGAUUAUGAUGGUUACCUUUAUCUCCAUUUUCGGCCUCUACAUCACUUGUCUUCUUCUUUACCUUCAUGUCAAGCGUCGGAGAUACGCCGCGGCCAACAAACGAGGAGACUUUAUCGUCUGACUCAACUUGCUCACUUGGUGGUGCCUGCAGAUGAGUAAGAUAAGGUUCCAAGUUUUUUUAUUGAGUUGGAUAAUUGUAUAUAUUUAAGUCAUGACUUGAAAAAGUUUACUAUUUAAGCCUAGUUUUUUUCUUGUCCCUAGUUAAUACUUUCGUGUUUAUAUUAUAUUAUGAGAGUAUUGGACUAGAGGAGAGUCAAAGUUAAGAUUUUCAUCAAAUCUUAAAGUGUAAGAAAGAGGCAUAAAUGGAUCUUAUAUUAUGUCUAAUUUAUGCUUUUAUGUUUGCAUUAUAUUACGAGAGUAUUGGACUGACCGAAAGUCGAACUUAAAAUUUCUGUCAAAUAUAGAGAUUACCGAGGCUAGUAUUGCUAUGUUUCAUUUUCUCUCCCAAGCUGUGAAAACAAAAAAGCAGUUGAGUGUGUGACUCAGGCCAAGCCAAGAUGAUGAUCAUUUUUAAGUUGCCUGCUGUGUUGUUGUGAUAAGUUUUAAAUGUUGAUUAUGAACAUUGUAUAUUAAGAGAAUCGAUGAAUUCCUCCUUUUUUAGUGUAUACUUGUAAUUACAAGUUUGGCAAUUAUAGGAAUUUUAUUUUAAAAACUCCAAAUUUGUGAUUCGAAUUCUAUAUUUCGAUGUCUGCAUGUAAGAAAUGGACCACUACUGUCUAUAUAAUAAGCCUCCAGCAAUAACAAGAUUAAUAGGUGUGGGAACAAAUUGGUAUUUUUAGUUUUUUGUGGCUUUCCAUGUAUGACGGGCUUAUUAAUUUCUAGUGUUGGUGCCGAGAGAGAAACUAAAAUAAUUAUGUCAAAUUUUUAAUGUGAUAAAAUAAAUAAUUAGCAAAUUAUGAUGAAGAAGACAUAGCAGGAGAAAUAUCUCCAACGGCCAUUAAUCAUUCCUCAUUUCUCUUUUUUCCAGGUUCCAUUAUUUUCUUACUUGCAAAUUCUUAUCUUUCUAAACUUUUUCCCGAUUCUUAUUGGGAAACCUUUGCCCAUAAUUCAUUUAACUUGAUUGAUAUGCUUGCAACACCAUCGUUGGAUCAUUUUGUGUGUUUUUCGUCUGAAACCUUUGAAGCGGUGGUGUUUGCAGGCCAGAGAAAGAUGACAAGUUUUUAUAUUAUGCAUGCAUGAUUUUGUUACAUUUUGUGCAACCCCAUUUCAUGUACAACUAAGUGUGGUUACAUGUAGAUUUAGAAUAUACAUUUAUGCAAAACAAUGCAGAACAAUAAAGUUGGAACAUUUUCUUCUUUUUAUCCGUUUAAUCAAGCUGGUACUAGUACUGGUAGUGCUGGUGGUGGUGGAAGUAUGGGUGAGAAGUUUCUAGAACGCAUACAUGAGCAUCUUCGAGUGAAUUCUAUUAGGUCGAGGUCUUCCCAGCAAAUUCCAAAUGUAAAUGUUGAUUAUAGUAUGUUAGCUCAAGGCCUUGCCAUUUACGGCCUCCCUCAAAAGGAUCUUAUUGAACCAAAUAUUGAGCCUUACUUGAAGUCUGUUGAUUUUAUUGAGUCUCUAGCUGAUGUUUAUCGUAGACUUGAAACUUGUCCUCAAUCUGAGAGAUGGAGGGUGUAUACAGAACAAUGUGCAUUGCUUCGGGGAUUAACUGAUCCUAAAUUGUGUAAACGAAGUCUUAGGUUGGCAAGGCAGCAUGCUGUUGAUGUUCAUUCCAAAGUUGUUCUUUCUGCGGCAUUGAAGUAUGAGAGAAGAGAGGAGGAACUUCUUGGGAUUUCGUCAGUGGAAUGUUCUGGGAAAUAUUUGGAUUGUCCUAAGGCUACUUUAGUUCCUGGGUAUAGUCCUGAAUUUGUUGACGAUAAAUGUGGGUGUCAUCCGGUUUCAAUGGAAGUGGAUGAAGCUGAGCAUAGUGUCGAUGAAGAGGAAUGCUCAAUUUCAGCGGAAGAGUGUGAUAUGUCGUUUUGGAUUGGUAGUGAAGAGAUCAGGUGUAAUCGUUAUUUUAUGUCGUCCCUUUCAAGACCAUUCAAGGCGAUGUUGUAUGGUGGUUUCAUGGAAUCAAAGAGAGAGAAAGUAAAUUUUACGCAAAAUGGAAUAUCUGGAAAGGGGAUGAUGGCUGCUGAAAUAUUUAGUCGGACUAAAUCUGUAGAAAAGUUUGGCUUGGAAGUUGUUUUGGAGCUCCUCUCAUUGGCAAACAAGUUCUGUUGUGACGAAAUGAAGUCUUCUUGUGAUGUUUUUUUGGCGGAUAAAGUUGUUGACAUGGAAACUGCAAUGUUACUAAUCGAGUAUGGAUUGGAGGAAACAUCAUAUCUUUUAGUGGCGGCUUGCUUGCAAGUUAUUUUGAGAGAACUGCCUAGUUCAUUGAAUAAUCCUGUAGUGCUGAAACUAUUUUGCAGUUCAGAGGCUAAGGAAAGACUAGCACUGGCAGGUCAUGCUUCAUUUGAUCUGUACAACUUGUUAACGCAAGUUGCAAUGAAUGAAGACCUGAAAGCAAAUUCAACAGUGAUGUUAUUGGAAAGGCUAGGAGAGUGUGCAGCUGAUGGUUGGCAGAAACAACUGGCAUUCCACUUGUUAGGUUGCAUCAUGAUGGAGAGGAACGAGUAUAAGGACGCACAGAAGUGGUUUAAAAUAGCCGUAGAAGCGGGUCAUACUUAUUCCUCUGUAGGCGUAGCCAGGACGAAGCACAAGGGUGGUCAUACAUAUAAGGCAUACAAGUUAAUGAAUUCACUCAUUGCUAAUUAUACACCUUCGGGUUGGAUGUAUCAGGAGCGAUCCUUGUACUGUAAUGGAAAAGAGAAGAUGAUGGAUUUGAAUACAGCAACUGAAUUGGACCCAACUCUUUCAUAUCCAUACAAGUACAGGGCUAUUAUGCAGAUGGAAGAUAAUAACACUGCAGCUAGCAUUACAGAGAUUGAAAAAGUGAUUAAUUUCAAAGUUUCCCCCGACUGCUUAGAACUCCGUGCUUGGUUUUUAAUUGCUCAGGAGUAUUAUGAAGGAGCUUUAAGAGAUGUUCGUGCAAUAGUAACUUUGGAUUCUAGUUACAUGAUGUUCCAUGGGAAAUUGCAUGGUGCUCAUUUGGUAGAGCUCCUUCGCCAGCAUGUGCAGCAGUUUAAUCUAGCAGAAUGUUGGAUGGAACUAUAUGAUCGCUGGUCUUGUGUUGACGACAUUGGCUCUCUGGCUGUUGUACACCAGAUGCUAUCCAAUGACCCAGGAAAAAGCCUUUUACUUUUUCGGCAAUCUCUACUCCUUAUACGGUUGAACUGCAACAAAGCUGCAAUGAGAUGCCUAUGGAUGGCUCGAAACCAUGCUACCACGGAUCAUGAAAGACUUGUCUAUGAAGGGUGGAUUCUGUAUGAUACUGGUCACUGGGACGAAGCAUUAGCAAAGGCUGAAGAGGCUAUUGCUCUUAAGAGAUCAUUUGAAGCUUUUUUCUUGAAAGCGUAUGCUUUGAGUGAUCCUGAUUCAAGCCUUGAUUCUAGUAAUUCCACUUAUGUUAUCCAACUUCUUGAAGAUGCCCUUAGAUGUCCAUCUGAUGGUCUUAGAAAAGGACAAGCACUAAGUAAUCUGGGAGCCAUGUACGUGGAGAGUGGUAAACUGGAUCUUGCUGCUGACUGCUACAUGACUGCCCUCGACAUCAAGCACUCACGAGCCCAUGUAGGCCUGGCACGUGUAUAUUAUUUAAAAAAUCAGAGAAAUGCUGCAUAUGACGAAAUGACAAAGUUAAUUGAAAAAUCAAAAUAUAAUGCAUCUGCUUAUGAGAAGAGGUCAGAGUAUUGUGACCGUGACCUGGCACAAAGUGAUCUCAGCAUGGCAACUAAACUUGAUCCACUGCGAACAUAUCCAUACAGAUACAGAGCAGCUAUUUUCAUGGAUGACCGGAAGGAAGCCGAAGCCAUAGCAGAACUUACAAAGCCAUUAGCUUUCAAGAGUGAUUUACAACUGCUGCAUCUUCGAGCUACUUUUCACGACUCCAUGGGUGACAGCACUUCGGCAAUUAGGGACUGUGAAGCUGCCCUCUGUCUUCAUCCCAGUCAUAAAGAUACAUUAGAGCUAUAUAACAAGGCUCUGAAACAGGUUAAAAGAGAAGAAACAUAACAGGACCAGAUAACAACAUCAUUAUUUAUCCUUCUUCGAGACCUUUAUGUGGCACCCAACCAUUUUUCCUACGCAUGACACUCAAUCUAACCUCGUUAACACAUUUCUCAAAUGUCAGAUCAAUUAGGAGCGAUAUUUUUGGCAGUGAUAGCUCCAGCUCUGAACAUGUUCUACUUGUUUUUAGACUAUCUGCACAUAUAGAAAUGGUUGUAACAUGUCCAAGGCUAUAUGAAACUUGUAUAAUACAUUUCAACGCGUGAUUAUUUUACAUUAGUGUAUCUUCUAUCUUUUUUGAUUUA